CUUUAAUUUGAAAUCCAGAAGGAGGUUGGCCUUGAACAGGAAGUUAACUUCAGCCUUUUCCUGUGUAAGUGUGGUAGCAUUAGCUACCUGUGUAACCAGAAAACAGAAUUAAUUUGGAAGCCAAGUGUCUCAUACGCCUCGUGAGGUUUACUGAUCUCACCCUCGUCUGAAUCUGAAACUAACACCUCUGAUCCCACCAAGAGCCACAUACAGAAAAACUGAAAGAUGCAGGGGCCAUGCUGAAGCCAAAUUCAAGAAUAUGGCAGAUAUCAAAAAGCUCAAGUCAGUGGGCAUCUGCACUGUUAAGGGAAUCCAGAUGACGACUCGCAGAGCUUUGUGCAACGUUAAGGGGCUGUCGGAAGCAAAAGUGGAAAAGAUCAAGGAGGCUGCUGGAAAAAUGCUGAAUGUUGGGUUCCAGACUGCAUUUGAGUACAGCGCCAAGAGGAAGUUGGUUUUCCACAUAACAACUGGCAGUCAGGAGUUUGAUAAACUGCUGGGUGGCGGGAUAGAGAGCAUGGCCAUCACAGAGGCCUUUGGUGAGUUUCGCACAGGAAAAACACAGCUCUCCCACACACUCUGUGUCACCGCUCAGUUGCCAGGAGAAGAUGGCUACUCAGGUGGAAAGGUCAUCUUCAUGGACACAGAGAACACCUUUCGCCCAGACCGAUUGAGAGACAUUGCGGACAGGUUUAACGUGGACCAUGAUGCCGUCCUUGACAACGUGCUUUAUGCUCGGGCCUACACUAGCGAACAUCAGAUGGAACUGUUGGACUUCGUAGCAGCCAAAUUCCACGAAGAAGGAGGAGUCUUCAAGCUUUUGAUCAUUGACUCCAUCAUGGCUCUGUUCAGAGUGGACUUCUCGGGCCGAGGAGAGUUGGCCGAGAGGCAGCAGAAGCUGGCCCAGAUGCUCUCCAGGCUGCAGAAGAUCUCUGAAGAGUACAACGUUGCUGUGUUCAUGACCAACCAAAUGACAGCUGAUCCUGGCGCAGGAAUGACAUUCCAAGCUGAUCCCAAGAAGCCGAUUGGCGGUCAUAUCCUGGCCCAUGCCUCCACCACACGGUUAAGCUUGAGGAAAGGACGAGGAGAGCUCAGAAUUGCCAAAAUAUUUGAUAGUCCUGAUAUGCCGGAGAACGAGGCCACUUUCGCCAUCACCGCCGGAGGAAUUGAUGAUAGUAAAGAGUGAUGGAUAAAGAGCUAAGUUAUACAUUCUAAGCACAGUUAGCUGUUCCACUUAUAGUGAUCUAAAGCAGUCAAGUUCCAUUUUUAGCACAGUUAGCUGCAGUCUUUAAUUCAUUUAAGGCAUUUUUUACUAUUUAUUCAUCCGGUUGACAUACAUGUGUAGGAGUAUUGAAGGUGAGUUUUUCAAAGUAGUGUUUAAAAUAUUUAUUCCAUUAAUUGUCAUAUGGUUUGUCAGAUGUUGAAGAUGAUGAAGUACAGAUGUUUUGCAUUAUUGCAUUUAAGGUGAGCGUCUUUCAAGAUCAAUGAAUGAUUUUCCUUUAAUUUGUUGAUUGUGAUUAAAAUUAUAACUAGAACAUUUUACACCAUAAAUAUUAGUCCUACAUUAAUUUUAUCUACAUAUUUAGAUUCCUUGACCGUGAAAACAUACCAUUGGCAAUUGGA